AUGAAACAGCCCAGCCUAGAUGACCGCUUCAGUAUGGAAAACGCCUAUAGCACACCAGCUGAUAAUCUGUCACCGGACUGGCAUGGUUAUGGUAAUCCGCUAUACGGAAAUAAUCGAGGUUUGACGGCCACUCACGAGGGUAUGCAUGGUCGUCGGUAUUAUGAUCGAGGUUCAGGACUGUACGAUAAAGCUGGAGGAGCGGAUCGAUCCGAAGUGAUCGUACCAAUCGAAAAACGACAAACGACAACUUUUCAAGACACAAUGAACCAUCGCCAGCAUGGCAGCAACAGCAACUUAGAUGACCAAUUACGAUUACCACUGCAGUCGAAUGGUACUCUAGGAGGGGACUAUUAUCAUGAGACAUUUGAGGAGAAGUUCGAAGAGAAAUACGAAAUCGAUGAACGUUCGGCAUCGCCAUCUGAUUCAAGGGAACUUCUUUAA